AUGUCCGAUCCUCUUAUAUCCCAUGGGCGUCACUUCGGCCGAACAGUAUUUGCACUAUGUAAUUAUCCUUCUUUACUCACCAACAGCAUCCUUAGAUUGGAGCAGAUGGAAGAUCUCCUUUGGAAGACUUCCCUGCUGAAACGACGAGAACAUCGAGUUUUCGAACAGCUCUUGGACUCUUAUCCUGGCCUGUUGGAGCGACUAAAAACUGGGUCUGAGGAGGAAAUUAUUCAUGUUGGAGAGCUGAUCGGUAAGGGAGCUGCAGGCGUGAGAGGUGAUAAUACGAAAACAUUGAAGUCUGCAGUGCUUGAUUCGAUUUCUCCAAAAGGGGCAGCAAUUCAGCCCCCCCUACACAGGAACUCAAAGAUUGAUCGGGGAUUCAACCACGAGCUUUCCGGAUCACUGCUUUGUCCUGCUAAGUUGGACUGGAAGGACGCAGAGUAUUCUGGGGACCAAUGGCCCAUUUUCUUAUACGCCCACCAUACGUUUGAUGCGGAUGACCCAUGGUGCGGUCUUCUUAGGAGCCGCUUAUUGGCCUACAAGCAUGUCUUUACGUCUCCAAGUUCAAUCGACAAAGAACCGAAAGCCACACAGUCCGGGAAUGCUCGCCUUCAUGGCAUGAAUUCCGUCACCAUCGCGUCCAUAGCUUAUGUUGCAACUCAGGUCCGAUUUGCUAUAAGUUCUUCUUCGGUGUUCUCACGGACCCACACAACGACCGACUCAGAAACAUUUUAUCAUAGCCUCCUCGACCUCUUCGAAGAUCCUGAGGAAUCUAAGGAGGUUGAUGACCUACUCACUUGGUGGAAUCACCAAGUGUUUCCUACUUCCUCUGCCGCUAAACAACCUAUCAGCGCCAACAGUGCCUUAUCGAAAAUACGGCUCAAACGUCUUGCGAUCAAACAAGCUACAGAUUCAAACUUAAUUUCAUCAUAG